UGAAUCGUUACGCAGUCUUGAAAAACACAUCAUUUUAGUGUUCUGUACAUAGUAGUAAAUAUAUAUUGGAAUGUCACAAACGAAACUUGCACAUUUUCUGCUCUUGUUAAUACUAUUUUUGAAGCCCGCUGCAAGUUUUCGUUGUGAUCGUCGACCUUACGGUUCUACGUCUUUGGCAUCUCCCUCGGAUGGCCGAUUUCAGAUAAAUAUUAUCGGCACUGACAAUACGUACCUACCGGAAGAAGUCUAUACUAUUCAAAUUACAAGAACGGACGAUGAAUCAGAAUUUACGGCGUUCAUGCUGUCAGUUGAAGGUGAUUUAAAGCAGGACCCGAGGAAUCCAAGAAGGAUGUUGGCUCAAAAUCCAGGGGAACUGAGGCCGCAAAGCCAAGCAUCAGGAAAGUAUAGUGAUCGCUGUUUGUAUUCCGUGGAGCAAGCCAGCUAUAAUACGAAGUCUUCUGUAGAAGUGCAUUGGGAAGCUCCUCCAGCAGGCAGCGGGUGCGUGACCAUCCGAGCUAUGGUGGCAGAAAGCCAGGAGGUCUGGUUUGAAGACGGGGCUCCGUUGACUCGUAAACUGUGCGAGGACAUGCGCCAACCUGACGAUGUGUCUCCGAACCUUAACUACGAAUGUAAUAUUUGUGAUGAGGCUAAAUAUCAGGUUACAUUUACGGGUAUCUGGUCUCGUAACAUUCAUCCGCGACUAUAUCCAGAAAGCGACUGGUUGCCGCGCUAUAGUAACUUAAUUGGGGCGUCUCAUGCGACUGAUUUUGUGGUUUGGGCGCCCGGGGAGCUGGCUUCCGAAGGUCUAAGACAACUGGCCGAGCAUGCCAACAGUAGCAAGUUAGAAGCUGAGAUACGGGAAAAGAUUGGUGAUGGCGUCCGGACAAUUAUCAAAGCAAAAGGUCACGGUUACAAAAAGAUGGACAAUCCAUCUCAUGCAUUCUUCCGAGCCGAUAAAGUCAGCCACUUGAUCACCACCGCCGUGGCAAUGUACCCGUCUCCCGAUUGGUUCCUAGGAGUGACCAGGUUUGAGUUGUGUCAGGAAGACAACACCUGGCUUCAAGAAAAAGAACUAAAUUUGUAUCCGUGGGAUGCUGGGACUGAUAGCGGAGUAUCUUAUGAGUCCCCAAACAUAGAGACGUAUCCUCAAGACGCCAUUGGCAGGGUCCAAAUGAGUUCAUACGAUAAAAACUCACCAUUCUAUGGAAUCGAUAUGAAGGAUGUCCACCCAUUCGGAAGGAUCCGAAUUCAAUUAAUAAGGACGUACCAACGAGAAUGUGAAGAAUCCACAGAAGAAAAGGAAGAAGAAGAAGAAAAGCCUAAGGAACCUGAAAGUGGGGAAGAGAAAAACGAUUCCGAAAGUCAAGAACCCGACGAGCCUUCCAGGUAUCAAAACCCUGACAUACCUAGCGACGAACACGGCCGUUCAAGCGAGAUACCUCUAGAUCAAGAUCCAGAAUCAACAGAGGAAUGUCCUAUGACGCAGUGGCUGGAGUGGAGCCCCUGCGAAGGUCUUUGCGAGGACGGCACGCUCACGGGUUAUAAAUGGCGGGAACGCUACCAUCUGGUGGAUGGGUUGCCAAUCGAGAUGUAUGACCCUAAUGAAAAACAUCCAAGCAAGAAAGAAGUUCCAACAUACUGCAAGACCCAUUUCGAGGAUUUCGAGCGCAUGGAAUGCGAGGAACCGUGUACGGAAGAAGGGGAAAGGACUGAAGUCACUGCUGAACGUAGACGGAACAUGAUCAUUCCGGGACAUCCGUGGGGCUCAAGAAAACGAGAACUUUUCAACAAAAAGAACAUCAGAUCUUUGUUGUAAACUAUGUUCUAACUAGAUUUAAUUUAAGAUAACAUAUUAAUCACUAUAGUUUAAAUAUAAAAAGUCCGAAUUCUAGAAAGAGCUCUUAAGUAAUAAUCGGACAUCUUAAAAAAUCCAACUAUACCUGCAUGCCUACCGCUUUCCAUAUACUUAUAUGGUAUACAUAUAACAUAGUCAGUAAUAGUACAAUUCGAUGCUAUUGCGGAAAGUAUGUCAUUCCUUCCAAGAAUGACAUUUCCGCACGGGUAUCGAACGACGUUUUUUAAUACAGUUGCGAAAAAAUAAGAAAAACAACAAGUAAGGAAUUCGAAACUUUUAUAUUAUUAAUUCUGUGACAUCAUUGACAUUGACAUUAUGAAGAGGUGUUUUUUUUUAGCUGGGUGUUAUUAUUAUUGAACCCACUUCAAUGAAAGUUUUUUUUUUAAUGCAUGUUCUAUAAGACAGAAACAAUUGUACAUAUAAAACAUUGUACUAUUAUUAUAAAAAAAAAAAUUAUAUAUGUUAAGAUAUUUACACAAUCGGGCUACAAAAUGGCAAUUAACUCUACCUACACACAAAAAUAUUCAAAUUACACAAAUCUACAACUCGCGCAAACAAUCUACCAAAACAAACCUGCACCUCUCAUACAUCUCAGUCUUACACUGUUACUUAAACCCAAAAGCACUAACUACUAAAGUUUCUAUACUGAUCAAGGAUUUUGCUCCAGUUCUACCCAGAUAUAACAUUCGAUAGUCAAACAACAUUAAACAAUUUACAGGAUGAUAUAGAUAAACACGGCAGUACUAAUUGUUACAAACUAGGGGAGCCUGCAGACUAUUCACAAUUUGGCAAUUUCAAUAAUUUUACUGUGUUAACAGUAAAUAUACGUAGUUUAAACUACAAUUUAGAUAAAUUUUUGGUGUUCGUCUCGUGUUUUGAUAUUGCGGUUGAGGUUCUGGUACUUACUGAAUGCUGGAUCAGUGACUCACGUGCGCCACUUAAUAUUACUGAGUACAACCUACACUACACCAAAAUUGAACUUAACAAAAACGAUGGUGUCGUAGUCUAUGUGCACAGCAAACAUAGUGCGCAUUCACAAGAACCCGCGGUUAAAGAUGGUAACUGCUUGGUGAUAGAGGUUAAUAAAGCGUACACACUAGUCUGCUCCUAUCAACCACCUUGCUACUGCAAUCCAGAUGCAUACCUGAACUCCCUCGAUUCAAUCUUGCAUAAUAUACACACACCAAACGUAAUAUUUGUGGGGGAUAUAAACAUAAAUAUUUUACCAGGACAGAUUACGAGCCAGGGUGCUAACUACCUUACACUAAUGCUGUAUAGCAUAAGCCAACAGCGGGCCCUAACUCUUGUAUUGACCAUUGCAUGGUAAAGUGUAAUAAUACUUGGUCCACAUAUAUAUUUGAUCACCGUACCGACCACUGCCCUGUUUUACUAACCGUCUCUGACGGAGCUUGCACCAAUGCUUCGAGGUCUUACCGUAAAAUUAAAUAUAAUUAUAAAGCCAUUAGUGAAACACUUGCUCUUGAAACUUGGACUACUACGUGUCUAAUGCUAACCUGGCCGCUGAAUUAUUAGUGAACAAAAUAAAAUCAGCUAUUGAUGUAAACUCCUGUGCACAAACCAUACCCAAAAAGAGGAAACCAUUAAAGCCGUGGAUAACUGAAAGUGUAGUUCGAUCCAUACGUAAAAGAAAUAAAUUGCAACGUAACUUAACUCGAGCACCCGACGAUUCCAGGUUAAGAAACGAAUACUGUAAAUAUAGGAAUAUAUGUAACAAAUUGAUAAAAUCGUUGAAAAAGGAAUAUUACGAGUCUCAAAUAAAAAAAAUAUAUGAUGGUGAUAUAAAAAAUACCUGGAAAGUUAUCAAAGAUGUAUGUAAUCUAAGCACAAACACAAAUCACGCCGAAGAAUUAUUAGAAAUAGAUUAAAAUGUAACUGAAUCCUUAAACAAAGUUAAUAAAUAUUUCACAUCAAUCCGCAAAACACUCGCUGACGCUACGCUAAAUAAUCUCAACACCACAGACGCUCUACUGGCAUCUAAAAGCCUAGAUGAUAGUUACGCAAGUUCUAACUCCUUCUUUCUCUUUCCCACAGAUAGUGCGGAAAUUUCUGCCACUAUACUAUCACUAAAGUCUGGUAGUGCUCCUGGUGAGGAUGGCAUUACCUCAGAUAUGCUCAAAAUACUUAGGCUGUCCAUACUAGAACCAAUAACUUAUCUAUAGUAAUCUUUGUUUUUCAACGGGAGUAUUUCCAGAUCUUUUUAAGCGAGCCAAAGUUACACCAGUAUUCAAGAGUGGGAGCAAAAAUCUUCCUAGUAACUACAGACCCAUAGCAUUAAUAUCAACAAUAUCUAAAAUAAUUGAGAAACUCGUGAAUAAACGUCUCAAGAGCUUUUUGGAGAGAAACUCCCUUCUAGGCAGCAACCAGUAUGGGUUUCGAGCAAAAACCUCGACUGAAGAUGCCGUACUCCAUCUUUCUACCGCUAUUACGGAACAUUUAGAUAAUGGAAAAAAAUGCCUGGGGGUGUUUCUCGAUUUACAGAAGGCGUUUGAUACCGUAUCAAUCCCAAUUUUGUUAGCACGAUUAGAGAAUAUAGGUAUAAGGGGUCUUGCACUUGAAUUCUUCACAGACUAUCUAACAGGGAGAAUGCAAUGUACAUGCAUCAACAGAAUUAGUAGUGAAUGGAUUCCUAUCGAGUACGGCGUCCCUCAGGGCAGUACCCUGGCUCCAACUCUUUUUCUUAUUUACGUGAACGGCCUGUGUAAAAAUAACAUAGUAGGUUGCGAAACGCUCAUGUUUGCAGACGACACAGUGCUAUUAUUCCACGGUAAAGUUGGGGAGGAGUACGUGCGCUUGCAGAAAAUGGCCUUAGGCUAGUCACCUCUUGGUUGGAAGAUUCUUUGCUCUCACUCAAUAUAACCAAAACAAAUUACAAUUGUUUUAGUAAAACAGCAGCCACUAAACCAGGGAAAGAUUUUAAAGUGACUAUACACACUUACCCAUGCAACAGAAAUAUCUCCACGGACUGUAAUUGUGCCCUACUGAAACGUACUGAUCAUCUCAAAUACUUAGGAGUACAGAUCGAUGCACAUCUAAAAUGGAAUCAUCACAUUACUGUCGUUGCUUCUAGAGUUCGGAAACUCAUAUAUGCUUUCAGAAAUAUAAGAAGCGUGGCAAACAAACAAUUGUUAAUUAAAACAUAUAAAGCACUAGGAGAAUGCAUUGUGAAUUACUGUAUUUGCCCUUGGGGUGGUGCUGCUAAGACUCACAUGAUUGAGGCAGAAAGAGCCCAGCGAGCUCUCUUAAAGGUCAUGCUAUACCUACCUUUCCGCUAUCCUACUACCGAAUAUAUAACAUGACUAUGGUUCCCACGGUGCGUAAAUUAUACAUCAUGCAAUGCCUAAAAAGAUAUCACCACAAAGUAGCCCCAACGCUAUCGACAUGCCACAAGCGUAUUGAGCGCUGUCCUAUUCCGAAAUGCAAAACUAAAUUUGCCAGAAGAAACAUCAAUUAUAGCGCCCCACCAUUAAUAUAUAAUAAAAUAAAAAUGGAACAUAAAACUAUAAAAACAUUAUCUAAUCAUGCUUUUAACGAAACUAUUUGGACAUGGUUGUGUUCUAUGAAUUAUGAUGAGACUGAGAAACUAUUAAGCCAGGGAUUAUUUGGAUGUUAGGAUUAGUACACACACACAUACACACACACACACAUACACACACACACAAAUGCAUGCAAGUUUUUGAAUAGCCUUCCCGCUAUAUUAUUGUUUGUACCUAAAUUAUAUAUUAAAUAUUUUAUGUUACAAGUUAAGUCUAAUGGAUCUUUAUAAUUCUAACUGAUUAUAUAAUACGGGCAAACACUGGGGCUGCAACACAGUGUAAACUAACGCAGUCUCCAGGGCUCCAACAGCAUAUGUACCAUGUAUGUUUUGAUCAAUAAAGAUUUAUUAAUUAUUAUUAUGUUCGUCCUUUACAUAAUCUCGGGACCAUGGGGUCCCGGACAUUUGGAAGGCGUGCGCAGAGGCCCAUUGUAAAAAGACAAUGUGAUGUGACAAGGUGAUGUGACACCAACCGACGAUUAUCCCUGUAUGCACUAUAGUAGUGCACCCAAGGACAAGCCCCGGUUAGUGCAGGACUAUUGCAAUGAUACGAAACAAAAUAAACUAGGCUAUUGUGUUAAUUGAGAUGCUAGUGUACUGGUUACCGGGUCUAUGGAAAUACUAUGGCACCUGUCCCUUAUUAUUAUUAUUAUUUGUAUCUCCUUGGAUAUCACGGGCCUAUGCAUCCCGGUCUUUUGAUAGGCUUGCGUGGGGAUAUAGAUCCAACACGUAGAGGCCCCUUGGAGAGCUUUAAUGUCAUGUAGAACGCCUGCUGGAACCCGUUCACAGGCGCAACAAUAGACACCCAUGAACCGGUCGCAGCAGGCAUUGGGACUAUUGUAGAAAAAGUGAACAGUAUACCGGUCUAU